AUGCGCAUUUUCCAUCUCUUCACACUAAACAACGAAGAAGAGCUGGUGAUCUACUAUGUGGUCGUGGGAGCCUUCCUGGAGGAGUUCGUUGUGAUCCUAAAGUCCAGUGAGGACGUCGCAGCUCUCACGCUAGCUAUCAAAAAGGCCAGUAUCGGUCUCGAUGACGUCGACCUGGACGAGUUGGAACUAUAUCUCGCCCAACAGCCCACCGGAGGGUGGCUCCCAUGCGACUCGGACGAACUGAAGGCUCUGAAGGAGGGAAACGAAGGUAUGAUCGACAAAUUUUGUCACUUCGAUGUGGCCACGUUGGGUCGGAGGAAUAUUCACGUUCUCGUCGGCAUCAACUACAAGAUGACAGUGGAAGAGCGACUCCGACGCAGCCACGAAGUGCGAGACGCCGAGGUGGAGCUGUGGUGUUUAGUCGUUGGAGACGGCACAUCGGUCUUCCCCGUGAUCAUCAAGAAGCUUGCUCUCAUUCAGGACCUGCAGUGGAGGCUGAAAAUGCGUAUAUAUCGGGCCGGAAAUGAGGAAGUUGCGGACAGGUUGCUUCGGAAAAAGCUGGAUCCUCUCAAAACUAUCGCGGAGGUUUUUCACGACUUCGAGGAGCACACGGUCCACUUUCUGGCGCUCCCACCGUCGAAGUUUGAUGUGAGUGAGUACGAAAGAAGCUGGUCGUCCUCAGAUUCGGACGAUGAGGCGCCAAGUGAAUACGUAAGAAGCUGGACACCCACAGAGCCGUACGAGGAAGCGGCAGAAUUGUUGAAGAAUGCCCAGGAGGUGAGCGAACUCGUGGCAAUUGUGAACGACUUGGCAAGCCUCAGCGCUGACGUCCCAUACACCAUCCCCUUCAUUAUGCUGGCAAGUUCUUCCGGAACGGGCAAGACUCAGAUGGCCUUUAAUUUGAUGGCUCGGGAUGAUCUUGACGUUUUUUGUUUCGCGUGUGUAAAUGACGGGGAAGUUGUGCGCUUGGCGUUUUGUUACCGCUCGUCAGCAUUCAUCCAGUGUGUGGAUAAAGACAUUCGUGAAGUCGGUGAAGCUGGAGUGUUUGAGAUAUCACAGCAGUCGGAGUUGUAUACCUACGCGUUCAUUCGGACGCUGCUGAGUGAUCUCCCUGGCUUUACUGGUACACGAACCAGAGCAGAAGUUUUGGAUGCGAUAAAUGCCCGUCGAGCGAGAGGCAGGCACUGCGUCUUCUUCCUCGACGACUACCCACACAUCGACAACAGCAUGAGCGAAGAAGAAAAGAACUUGUGGACUCGAAAGAUGAGAUUCAUGCGAAAUGUCUUCCGCUCGUUCGGGUUGGUGGUUAUCGUGAGCGCGUCUAACAAAGCGGCCAAAAGUAUUCUGACGACAGCCGUCAAGGCCCAAACACACGACGAACUGUGGUGUGUCGUGUACCCGUUGCUCCCUCGCUUUGAAGACCCGUCCCUGAAGAGCCUGCCACGCGAGUUACAGACGAUUAUUACAUGUAGCAGACCGAUGUUUGGGAACCCAGCGAUGGAAUACGUGAGCUCACAUCCUUACGACGAGGGCAUGGGUGUUGAGAAGUACAUGAACACAAUGGUUCAGUCCCUAGCUCGAGCUUUUGUCUAUGGAGGACGAUACACUCCUGAAAACGUCAACGAAAGUCAUGCGCGACUGUUUCUCGCGUCCAGCUACAGAAAGAGCAACAGUGAAUAUGGCGAUACGAAUGGCCCCGCUGGAGACUUUUCCCGUCUGUAUGAAACGAAGAUGUUCGAGCUCUGGCUUCGUGGUUGCGAGUACCCUGUAAAAGGCAACCUCAGCCAGGGAACGCUUACGAAGGACGAUCUGGUGGCAUGUUUUGAUCGAGUUCCCGCCGAAUGCACCGUCGUCUUGUUCUUCCUACAAGACAUGAAGGAUCUGCUUUCUUACUUUAAGAAGCGAAAGCAAAAGCGCGAUCGGAAGAACAAGAAGCGGAAGUUCGACGAUGUUACUCGUGAAUGUCCAUGGCUACUCCGUGCUGUCUUCUACGGCGUGAAUCGCGUCGAGGAUGGCAUGUUGGGAGUGGAGACUGAGAGCGUCUCGGUUCGUCACAUGAGGAACAACUGCAACAAUGCUGAAUGCACUGGGAAGCGCGCGUGUGAACAUAUCGAUAAGCUGGUCAUUCUGGUAGAACUGCCGGAAAGCAGAGCGUAA